UGUAUCCUGCAAAAACAGUCAGGUUUUGUUCUUUAAGACCGAAUGCUGGUUGCAUGAGAUUUGAAGAAACAAACAACAAAACAGGAGGAGCUGUGAUUGGAGCCCGGCAGAGAAAAGUAGCCUCACAUCGACUGUAUUUGUGACAUCUUAAGUUAUUCUCAGCGGCAGAGACACUUGGGGACCGAGGGACCUACCAUGAUACGGGUUGUGGAUUUUGCGCUGACUGUGCUGCUCGCCGCGUCCCUGUCAUGCCGGAGCGCCCUCGGCGGCUACGGGAUGAGCCUGUUCGCGGCGCAGACCUCUCCCCCAGACCCUUGCUACGACGAGCACGGCAACCCGCGGCGCUGCAUCCCGGACUUCGUCAACUCCGCCUUCGGGAAGGAAGUGAAGGUGUCCAGCACCUGCGGCAAAACGCCCAGCCGCUACUGCGUGGUGACAUCGGCGGAGAAAGGAGACGAGAGAACCAGGAACUGUCACACCUGCGAUGCCUCGGACCCCAAAAAGUACCACCCUCCGGCGUACCUGACGGACCUCAACAAUCCACACAACCUCACCUGCUGGCAGUCCGAGAACUUCAUCCAGUUCCCGCAAAACGUCACCCUGACUCUGUCCCUCGGGAAGAAGUUUGAGGUGACUUACGUGAGCCUGCAGUUCUGCUCGCCUCGACCUGAGUCCAUGGUUAUUUACAAGUCCAUGGACUACGGUAAAACUUGGGUGCCCUUUCAGUUUUACUCGACCCAGUGCAGGAAGAUGUACAACAAGCCGAACAGGGCCGUUAUCACGAAGCAGAACGAGCAGGAGGCCGUGUGCACGGACUCCCACACCGACAUGUACCCUUUGACCGGCGGGCUCAUCGCCUUCAGCACGCUGGACGGCAGACCGUCCGCGCACGACUUUGACAACUCCCCGGUGCUGCAGGACUGGGUGACAGCCACCGACAUUAAAGUCAUCUUCAGCCGGUUGCACACUUUUGGUGACGAGAACGAGGACGACUCGGAGCUGGCCCGGGACUCGUACUUCUAUGCCGUGUCGGACCUGCAGGUCGGAGGGAGAUGCAAAUGCAACGGGCACGCGUCUCGGUGCGUAAAGGACCGGGAUGGGAGUCUGGUGUGUGAGUGCAAGCACAACACCGCCGGGCCGGAGUGCGACAGGUGCAAACCUUUCCACUACGACAGACCGUGGCAGAGAGCCACAGCCAGGGAGGCCAACGAGUGUGUCGCAUGUAACUGUAACCUUCACGCCCGAAGGUGUCGCUUCAACAUGGAGCUGUACAAGCUGUCGGGAAGGAAGAGCGGAGGAGUCUGCCUCAACUGUCGCCACAACACAGCUGGACGCCACUGCCACUACUGCAAGGAGGGCUACUACAGGGACCUGUCCAAACCGAUCUCACACAGGAAAGCCUGCAAAGCAUGUGAUUGCCAUCCCGUGGGCGCUGCUGGCAAAACCUGUAACCAAACCACAGGCCAAUGUCCCUGUAAAGACGGCGUGACUGGUAUCACGUGCAACCGCUGUGCUAAAGGCUACCAGCAGAGCCGCUCGCCCAUUGCCCCCUGCAUAAAGAUUCCAGUCGCACCUCCUACAACCCCGUCCAGCAGUACAGAGGAGCCUUCAGACUGUGACUCUUAUUGCAAAGCAUCUAAAGGCAAACUGAAGAUCAACAUGAAGAAGUACUGCAAGAAAGAUUACGCUGUCCAGGUGCACAUCCUGAAGGCAGACAAAGCUGGCGAGUGGUGGAAGUUCACCGUCAACAUCAUCUCCGUCUACAAGCAGGGCGAGAGCCGCAUCCGCCGCGGGGAUCAGUUCCUGUGGGUCCGUGCCAAAGACGUGGCCUGCAAGUGUCCCAAAAUCAAACCUGGGAAGAAGUACCUGCUGCUGGGGAAUGACGAGGACUCCCCCGGCCAGAGCGGAGUGGUGGCAGACAAGGGCAGCCUGGUUAUCCAGUGGAGGGACACGUGGGCGCGCAGGCUCAGGAAGUUCCAGCAGCGCGAGAAGAAAGGCAAGUGCAAGAAGCCAUAGGCGGAAGAAGAUGGAGAGGAUGCCGGAGAGGGGGAGGUAUUCAAGAGAAAAGCUGAGCGGGUGACUUAAAAAAAAAUUAAAAAUUUAAAAAAAAGUGAAAGAGAGGCAGACAGAGGACCACGGACAGACAAGAGACUGUUUAUGUCGCUGCUUUUUUGUGUAGAAGCAUGAAGAGAAUUAUUUAGGAUGAUUUGUUUUUCUAGUGAACUUUUGUUGAAGGAGCUCACCUUGCAGAUUUGGUUUUAUGGUUUAUUUUACUUUGAGAUUUGUCUCUCUUGUGGAUUUGCCGAAUUUGCACCUAUUACCAGCAUAUAAAGUUAUUUGUGUUUCUUUAUCUCAGUAUGAAAUCAUUAUAUUUUAUGUUUUAAUUUUAUGGACAUUUUCUGCUGGUGCAAAAAUGACACAGAAAAAAAAGCCACUUAAUAACCACUGCAAUUUUGCCUCUGCAUGGUUUUCUUGUUGUAUUCUUGGCUAAGAAGCGAGCUUAUUUCAUCAAAAGUUUUCACUGAUCAGAUUGAGGCAAUAACAUUUCCUCUGUUUAAAAUCGUGCCAUAAAAACUAUUGUUUGCAAGCCACAGAAAUGCGUAAUACAUUUAGGUGUCAAUGAGUUGCCAUUCCUUCCCCCCUGUUGUAUAAAUUCAGGUUACUGCAACUCGAGAAAUCUGUAGUCCUACAUUUUAGCUGUCAGGCUGGUUAAAUUUAGGUGGUUCAGUAUUUGUACAAACCUGCAUGUGAAUGCAUCUCAUUUGAAACUGUAAUGUUCAGUUCACUAACUGGUGCUGCUUAUGGUACUAAUGUUAAAGUUAUACCUUUUCGGGAAGAUGGACUGCAUUUAAAUUCACUGAUUUCACUUUCUGUACUUACAGUAACUGUGAUUUUUUUUUACUUUGCCACUCCAGCAGGAGUUUAACAAUGGACUUACGAAAGGGCCAGAGGUCUGCCGCAUUUAAUUGCAAUAUAAAGACUUAAAAAAAAUAUCCACAAAAUCAGGUGUUGCUCUUGGAUAGUACGACAACAGAAAUACAUAAUAAUGAAUAUGGGUUCGCAAGUGGCUACAAAAUAAUUGUCGUUUUUUUGUUGUUUUAUCAAUUCAUUUCAUCUAUAUUCUAAUAUUUACUUGUCUUACCACAAAAUAUUAGAGCUGUGAAAGAUACCCAAGGUAGGUCAUUGUGCAGAGUGAAUGUCACAAUAUUGUUGUGCAGAUGAAAGUACUGCAUGUUCUCAGAGGAUACUGACAAAGACAUGCAUAUAGUGUGUCACAAGUGCAAGAUUUUUGUAUGAUUUUAAAUGUAUUCCUUCACAGCAGCUCAUGAAAAAUAUUUUAUACAAUGUGUCAAAAGUUAUAUUUAGAAAAGUGUAUGACCAACACAAAGAGAGAAACAGGUAGUGCAAUGCGGACGGCCAGCAAACACAAAAUUGGGUGUAUUUUAAUUUGGAAUGAGGAGCUUAAGUAAAAUAUUCGAUUAAACUCAAUCAAUGCAGACUGUAAACAGCUAUGAGGAUGGGAACAAUGAAAAGAAACUCAUGUCCUUACCUCAUGUGGCACUGCAAUGAAUCAUAGCACAGAAAAAUGAAAAUCUAAGUGCAAACUGCCCUUUGAAAAAAGUGCUCAACCAUUGCUUAAAUGCAUUGUUGAAAUCCACCUCACACUGGCUUGUUUUCAUCUAGAAUAAUUCCUACAGUACUGUGAGAUUGCAGAUAAAUACCUUUGCAGUCCACACACUCUUUAGCAAACACAAUGCAUGACUGUACAUUCACUGUGCGACCAGUCAGAAGCCACAGUCUCCCAUAGACCUGUCACGUUAAUUCUCUUCACUUCAACACUUGCACAGGGAGAAAAGGGGUGAAUUGCAAUCACUUGACGCUGCUUGAUUCAAACCACAUUGCUCAUUUAUUUGUAUGCAGUUGGGUUUGGAUUUCUCUAAGGAAUGCGCGGUAAAAAACACAGCUCAGGUUUGUAAAAGCCCACAGUGUGUCUGAUGUAUCAUAAACUGGAGCUCCUUUCAGUCCACCCCAAAACACUUUGAGCAACAUGUUUGAUGUUGCUGGUAUUUGUUUUGUUUUACAAAAUCACAUUUUGCACCUUUUAAUCUGUACCACAGCACAAGUAACUGUAGAAAUGAGGUUUGAGGUCUGUUCAAGACACAUGGUUUUAAUCUAAUGGACUUCCUCUGUUUUAAAUGGUAAUAAUUUCUGAUUCCUCUAUCUCAGAGAACGACUCAUUUGUCCAGGAAUUUUCUGAAUGGACUGAAAUGCCUCCUAGAUGAUGACAAAUUAGAAGGGCUUUUUAAACCAUGAGAAAUCAAAAUCACCUGGGUUCAACUGCAAGGUAAAAAGAACAGAUGAUCUUGUUGCUGAAGUACUUCUCAGUAUUUACAAUAAAGGUUUGAUGGAGUUUUUUUUCUUAUGUACAAUCACUCAAAUGAUUGUGUGGUCAGUCCAUCACAAUGCUCUACUGAUGACAACAUACUCACACAUACA